CCAGCCCAAGCGUAGCUGCAACUUCCGCAGGGCCCCAGCUGGACGACACCGCCGCCUCUCUGCUCCAAGCCACUGCCUUCCAGGGAGGCAUCAUGGGCUUCCAGAAGUUCUUCCCGAUCCUGGCUCUCAGCAUUUUGGUCCUGUACCAGACAGGCAUCCUCCACGCAGUGCCAUUCAGUUCCGCCUUGGAGAAUAGCCCAGACCUGACCACACUUAGUGAGGAGGAAGCACGCCUCCUGCUGGCUGCACUGGUGCAAGACUAUUUGCAGAUGAAGGCCAGUGAGCUGCAGCGAAAGCAGGAGACAGAGGACUCCAGCCUGGACAGCCCCAGAUCUAAGCGGUGUGGUAAUCUGAGUACCUGCAUGCUGGGCACGUACACACAAGACCUCAACAAGUUUCACACAUUCCCCCAAACUGCAAUUGGGGUUGGAGCACCUGGCAAGAAAAGGGAUAUGGCCAACGACUUGGAGACACAUCACCGGCCUCAUGUUGGCAUGCCCCAGGAUGCUAUCUGAACUCCCCCUCUCCUUUAUAACUUCCUUUCUUGCUUUCUUCUUAUAACCUGAUGCAUGUGGUUCCUCUCUGGUUGCUCUUCAGGCUGUUAGUGGUAGCUUUCCUAUGGCAGAGGAUGUCUGGAACCUCAGGUGGGCAGAGAGAGGGAAGAACUCACAGUCUGGGAAAGAAUCAUCCAGAUAUCAGAGCAAGGGCAGCCCUCUGAGGCUCCUGAGGAUUUCAUAGCAAAGCUUUUCAGUCCUACUUCUGAAUGUGCUACUCAUUUGGGGAAUAAAAAUAUUUUUCUAAAAAGACCUGAGCUGUGGUGAUCGUUGCUCUAGCCCCACGUCCUAGGCGCCAUGGUAUUUAGGACCUGUGCUUAGAAGUAGUCUUAGCCCUGGGGUAACUGGAAACAGGGUGUGGUGAGUGGUUCCUGUGACUCCGCUCAAGCAGCAAGAACAGGGGCACUAAGGAGCAGGUAAGCACCUGUAGGACUGGAUGCUGCCAACUGUCUUCUUCCAGGUAAGACCAGAGAAUUUUCAUUUUCCUAAGAAGGGACAUUUUGUGCCAGUAACUGGGAAAUAAAUUCUACAGUCCUUGUGAAUGGCCUUGGAUAUGGCACUAUAAUUUGCUGCAGUCUCAUAAACCUCUGCAGAUUUUUAGUCUAUUUACAGGCAAGAUUGGCUGUUACAGCCCUGUGUAUCGAGAGUCACCCCUAGUCACCAUGGGGUAUUCUGACACUCCUGGGAAUGUCUAUGGGGAGUGAUCAUGGCAUUUUCCCUAAUGGCCUUGUGAUUUUCUGCUCUGAUAAUUGUGUUUUGGAGAAACACUUAAGGUUAAUUGAUGCAUCUCAGAGCAGCAACUUUAUCAUGAUGGUCCCAUGGGGCGGGUUCCUCCUCCAGCCCUCACUGACAGCCUUCUUUUCUUUCUUCAAUCCUGAAAACCAGUGUCACUGCCCAGAAGCGUGCCUGCAACACUGCCACCUGCGUUACCCACCGGCUGGCAGGCCUGCUGAGCAGAUCAGGGGGUGUGGUGAAGGACAACUUCGUGCCCACUGAUGUGGGUUCCAAAGCUUUUGGCAGGCGCC